AUGUCUAUGAUCACGACGACAACGUGGGUGCGACGCGGUGUCGCCGCCCAAUUCCCCACGAAAUACGAGAUCGACGAGGAAGAGUUCAAUCGGAUAUCGGAGCUGGCUCGAAAACAGCUGGAGGAUGCCAAGGGUGAUCUGAAAUCUGCCAAAGAGGAAGACGACAAGGAGAAGCAGGCAGAGACGAAUCCUGAUGCAAUGGAUGAGGACCAGGAUCAGCAGGACGGUAAAGAGGAGAAAUCGAAAAACAACACAACGACCGAAAAUAUUGAGAUUGAUGACGACCUCAAAGAAUAUGACCUCGAGCAUUAUGACGACGAUGAGGUCGACGAAGACGGUGAAAAAAUUACCAUGUUUGGCAACAUCAAGUCGCUGGUCUACCACAAACCCGGAGAGAAAGAUCCAUACCUGCAGCUUCCGGACGACGAAGAAGACGAGGAAAAAGAGGAUCUGCAGAUCCUCCCGACGGAUAACCUACUCCUAGCGGGCAAGGUCGAAGACGAGGUCGCGCACCUAGAGGUGUACGUCUACGAAGAUGAGGCCGACAACCUCUAUGUCCACCACGACAUCAUGCUUCCGGCCAUCCCGCUCUGUCUGGAGUGGUUGGAUCUGCCGGUUGGAAGGGGCUCUGAGGGUCGCACUACUGGCAACUUUGUUGCGGUUGGAACCAUGGACCCGGAUAUCGAGAUUUGGGAUCUCGACGUCGUCGACUGCAUGUAUCCCAACGCCAUUCUUGGCCAGGGAGACGCCGAGGAGAAUGAUGACAAACCAAGCAAGAAGAAGAAGAAAAAGUCCAAGAAGGCCAAUUCCGAGUACCACGUCGAUUCCGUCCUGGCGCUCGCUGCGAACCGCCAGCACCGGAACCUGCUCGCGUCUGGCUCGGCGGAUAAGACGGUGAAGCUGUGGGAUCUGAGCACGACGAAAUGCGCCCACUCGUACAUGCACCACCAGGACAAGGUCUGCGCGCUGGACUGGCAUCCCAAGGAGUCGACCGUCCUGCUCAGCGGCAGCUACGACCGCACCGUCGUCGCAGCGGACAUGCGGGCGCCCGAGGCCAAAGCGGCCCGCUGGGGGGUGGCGUCGGACGUGGAGAAUCUGCGAUGGGAUAUUCACGACCCCAACUUCUUCUACGUGACCACCGACGGCGGUAUGGUCUACCGCUACGACGUGCGAAACGCGCCCGCCACGCCGCAGGAAUCCAAGCCCGUGUGGACGCUGCAGGCGCACGAUUCGUCGGUGUCGUCAUUCGACAUCAACCCGACGAUCCCCGGGUUUCUGGCCACAGGUUCGACGGACAAGCAGGUCAAGCUGUGGAACGUGCAGGACAACAAGCCGAGCAUGGUCGUGUCCCGCAAACUCGACGUGGGCAAGGUGUUCUCGACGACAUUUGCGCCGGAUCCGGAGGUGAGCUUCCGCCUGGCGGUGGCAGGCAGUAAGGGAACGGUUCAGAUUUGGGACACGUCGACCAAUGCCGCGGUGCGACGGACGUUUGCUGGCCGGUUGCCGGCGACGGCGGGCGAUGGCGAAGUGCAGGAGAGAACGGUGGGACUGAAUGACGAUGACAGCGACUCGUCUGACGGUGAAGAGGGAGAAGAAGCAGAAGAGGGGGGAGAUGGAGCAGAAGGAGGAGACCACGACGGAUGGGAGUCGAUGGAUGAAGAUUGA